GUUGAGUCAAGUGAAGGUUCUGUUUUCACCAGAAGAUACUUCAGACUUUAACAAAUGCUUCGGAGGGUUUCUAGGUUUUCAGAUACGCUAACUCUAAGGACAUCAUGAGAACUUUUCUUUGCCCACUCAUCAUCGUCGUCGUCUUCUCUCUACCAUGGAGACUAAACAGCAAUUUAACACCCAGUACAAAUAUCCCGAACAACCAUGAAGAUAUCGCAGAACGGCAGUUGCUUAUGGGCAUGGCAGAUGAGCCAUUGGGACAGAGGCAAUACACUACUGGUUCUGGAUUAGAAAACGUGUUUUCACUUUUAAGCAGCAUUGUGAAGCAACACCUUACAAGCAUCAGACAUUCAGAGCAGCAACGCAUGCGGGUGAUGACUUCCAGUGGUGAAGGUGAGACACUGAAUCAGAGGCCAAAAAGGAAUGUAGAUGACAGUCAAUACAACUCAAGUACACCAGAAGAGCCUAGUAGGCAAACAGAAGAAAAAGAGGUUACAAUUUCACAAAGGGAACUACUACAACCAUCAGAAAGCUCCCUUAGACCACAGGCUACUAUUUCUGUGCAGAUACAAAAUACCACAGAAUUGGUCUUAGUUGUAACCAAAAACCUACGGGAAGAUAAUUUGCCACAGGAAACAGAAGAUGAGAUACAGGAAGUGGCAUCUCCUUCUGAUUCCCAGAAUCUCUAUGAUCCUCAAAUUAUUGUAACAGAUAACACAACAAAUACAAAUGAUCUUCAGAACAUGCAGCUGAAAAUGGACACUAUAGACCAACUGAGCUCAAUGAAUCACACAAACACUUCCAUGGUAAUAACUACAACAGAUUUCAAUAUUACCAUUACUGGUCUAAGUACCAAAGGUGUGACAACCACACAGGGACAAGAAAUAACAAAAGAAUGGACAAAGGGUGACACUCAAGGCCCUGAACUGAAGACUCCAUCCACGGUUAAGCCUACGGUUAAGACUUCCACAAGUACUCCUCUAUACACCACCAGAAAGACCACUGUUAAGCAAGACCCACAACCUUCACCAAAAACUCCAUCAAAUAACAAGCAUCGAAAGAACCCUGGUGCUGCUGUGGCAGCCUUAAUUGGUACCACAUUCGUCUUGAUGUUCAUAGCAAUCAUAGUUAUCAUGAUACGGAAACGUAAAAUCCAGAAAAGGCAGCUAGAGAAUCCCGAGUGGGCUGGACCCUCACCUUUUUUGGACGGCGACAUUCAACCUAACUUGCCAAGUAUGGAUGAGUCUGACUCUUUCAAUAAAAGAGGCUUCAGCCAGAUCUCGAUCUCCAGAUACCUUUCCCAACGACUCUCCAAACACCUGACACUUGGGAAGAACACAAACGAGGAUGUUUUCAUGGGGGACAUACUGCAAGGAAGCACCUUUGCCAGACAAAGUCUGAAUGAGCUCCAAGAACCCAAUGGGAAACCAGUGGGUCAAGACCCAACUUUGACAGAGGAAAACAAGAACCAGCCAGGUCCAAAUUCCAUGGACUCACCAGACAGCAAAUCACCUGCAGAAGAAACUCCUGCAGUCACGGUGGACAUCCAAGAGUUAACGGAGCAGACUGAUAACAUUAGUCCAUCUCCAUCUUCUGGCACAGGCCCUGUAAUUAAACCAUAUCCAACUUUAGUGUCUAUAGAUCUUGAUUCACUUUUGGAAGAACCAGCUCCCCUCCAAACAACAGAUGUUGGGAUUGUUCCUCCAGCUCCGCCACUGCCUUAGUUUAGGUUAAUCAGACAAUCUUCACUACUUUUGGCCCUACAAAUACCUCCAUGAGGAAAAUAUAUAGGUUUAUAUUUGCAUUCUAAACUAUAAGAAACCAAGGAAAAUUUGAUUUCUUGCUUGGGACUGAUGCAGUCUUGUGUUUGUUCAAGAAAAGUCUAUUUAAUUACAAUAUCUCUGUCAUAUAAAUGCUUUAAAAUGCAAUAAUCUUUAACAGCUUUUAAGGUGCAAUCUAACUUGAAAAUGUUUUGUUUCUGCUAUAAAAAAAAAAAUUCUCCAAAGCUUACUCUAUAACUAGAGCCUAUAAGUAGGGCCUUAAAUUUAAAGCAAACUCAAAAACAAACAGUGUAUGUGUGUGUGAAAAUGGAAGAUGGCAUGUAGCUGGAAGAUCCAUAACAGUUUCAGAGUGAAAUACUGCAUUGCUGCGGCCACUGGAUGUAUUUCUGUGCUGGAAACCAAGAGGAACUGUCAGCAGCUGUGAACAACAUUACGACAGACCAAACAGCAGCUCUGGUGGCAGUAAAUUCUACCAUAAAAAUAUAAAGUGUCACAACAUGGUCUGUGUUGUUCUUUCCUUCUCCUGCAAAACAGGUAAAUCUGAAUUAUCUGAAUUAUUCUUGUAUAUCAACUGGUAGAGCUUUGUGCUAGCAACACCAAUAAAAGUGUGAGGAAAAGUGUCUACCAAAUGUAUAAAUGUAAAUCUGAGUUUGCCUAUAAAACAUGAGAAAGUAGAGCCAGA